CCCUUAAGUUGGAGGAGGCAGAAAGGCAACAACAGCGAGGAAGGAGAAGUCAAGACGUCUGGAAAGAAUUACCCAGUCCUGGCUUCCAGCAGCCCAUUGAACCAGGGACUUGAACCAGCCCCAGCCAAAGACUUUCUCCCGAUUCUGCGCUCCCUGGCUUCUGCAGAGUCUUCACCGGUCUUUCUUUGAUACGAAAAAGAGAAGAGACUUUCCGCUAUCAGGGGAGGGGGACUGGAGCAAAGAAAAAAAAUAAAGUUAAUUUAUUUUUAAAGCAUAAAUUUUCCUUUUAAGAAUUAGAAGGCUGCUGUGCAACGGAAAUCUUAAAAAGAAUAGUAGUGAAAUUUCCUUUUAAAGUGGGGGAGAAUCAAACAUUUAAGACUCCCCCACCCUUUUUAAAUGUUGUUUUUAAAUUUUUUAUUUUUUUUGGCCGGUCGUCUCAAAUUCAUCUGAUCUCUCAUUACCUCAAUUUUGCAAACUGCCCGCCACCGACCCUCCGGGACCACACAGACAGGCUGAGGACAACUUUAUGACCAAGAGCUGAACAAGAUGCAUUGUGAGAGGUUUAUAUGUAUCCUGAGAAUAAUUGGAACCACACUUUUUGGAGUCUCUCUCCUCCUUGGAAUCACCGCUGCUUAUAUUGUUGGCUACCAAUUUAUCCAAACAGAUAAUUACUAUUUCUCUUUUGGACUAUAUGGUGCCUUUUUAGCAUCACACCUCAUCAUCCAAAGCCUGUUUGCCUUUUUGGAGCAUCGAAAAAUGAAAAAAUCCCUAGAAACCCCCAUUAAGUUGAACAAAACUGUUGCUCUUUGCAUCGCUGCAUAUCAAGAAGAUCCAGACUACUUACGGAAAUGUUUGCAAUCUGUGAAACGGCUAACCUACCCUGGGAUUAAAGUUGUCAUGGUCAUAGAUGGGAACUCGGAAGAUGACCUUUACAUGAUGGACAUCUUCAGUGAAGUCAUGGGUGGGGACAAAUCAGCCACUUAUAUCUGGAAGAACAACUUCCACGAGAAGGGUCCUGGUGAGACGGAUGAGUCACAUAAAGAAAGCUCUCAGCAUGUCACCCAGUUGGUCUUGUCCAACAAAAGUAUUUGCAUCAUGCAAAAAUGGGGUGGAAAAAGAGAAGUCAUGUACACGGCCUUCAGAGCACUGGGACGAAGUGUGGAUUAUGUACAGGUUUGUGAUUCAGACACCAUGCUUGACCCUGCCUCGUCUGUGGAGAUGGUAAAAGUUUUAGAAGAAGACCCCAUGGUUGGAGGUGUUGGGGGAGAUGUCCAGAUUUUAAACAAGUACGAUUCCUGGAUUUCCUUCCUCAGCAGUGUGAGAUACUGGAUGGCUUUUAACAUAGAAAGGGCUUGUCAGUCUUAUUUUGGGUGUGUCCAGUGCAUUAGUGGACCUCUGGGAAUGUACAGAAACUCAUUGCUGCAUGAAUUUGUGGAAGACUGGUAUAAUCAGGAAUUUAUGGGCAGCCAAUGUAGUUUUGGUGAUGACCGGCAUCUAACGAACCGAGUGCUGAGUCUGGGCUAUGCAACAAAGUACACAGCUCGAUCCAAGUGCCUUACUGAGACACCUAUAGAAUAUCUCAGAUGGUUAAACCAGCAGACCCGUUGGAGCAAGUCCUACUUCCGAGAGUGGCUGUACAAUGCGAUGUGGUUUCAUAAACAUCACUUGUGGAUGACCUACGAAGCGGUUAUCACUGGAUUCUUCCCUUUCUUUCUCAUUGCCACAGUAAUCCAGCUCUUCUACAGGGGUAAAAUUUGGAAUAUCCUCCUCUUCUUGUUAACUGUCCAGUUAGUAGGUCUCAUAAAAUCAUCCUUUGCCAGCUGCCUUAGAGGAAAUAUCGUCAUGGUCUUCAUGUCCCUCUACUCAGUGUUAUACAUGUCAAGCUUACUUCCCGCCAAAAUGUUUGCAAUUGCAACGAUCAACAAAGCUGGGUGGGGCACAUCUGGAAGGAAAACCAUUGUUGUUAAUUUCAUAGGGCUCAUUCCAGUAUCCGUUUGGUUUACAAUCCUGCUGGGUGGAGUCAUUUUCACCAUUUAUAAAGAAUCUAAAAAGCCAUUCACAGAAUCCAAACAGACAGUUCUAAUUGUUGGAACGUUGCUCUAUGCAUGCUAUUGGGUCAUGCUUUUGACGCUGUAUGUGGUUCUCAUCAAUAAAUGUGGCAGGCGGAAGAAGGGACAACAGUAUGACAUGGUGCUUGAUGUAUGAUCGUACAUUGACGUUUGCAGUCACACAUGCAGACACACACAAAACCUUAGUUCCUCUAGGGACUGUACAGUAUUGUGGCAUCGGAUAAUGCCACCAAUGGAGACAUAUCACUGCUGCUGGGACUUGAACAAAGACAUUUCUAUGGGUUUAUUUUGAUUCUGCCAAAGUAAAAUGAUACAUCAACAAGAAGAAACUCAGAUUUAACCUGUUAUUUCUAUGAAAAUGGGAAGAAUUUUUGUUUAUGCACUUUUUCCUUACUGUACAUCGCCUAACAGUGUUUUUCUCUAUAUACCUCACUAGCCAUGCUUUAUGUGGGUUAUCACGGAAGAAGAGGAUUUUGGAAACUCAAGGAAAAGUUCUUUCAACGUAUACAACCUAACUUAUGGACUGUGUUGAUGGCUAAUUUUUUUUUUUUUUUAGAAAGGAUUUUCUGUUUAACUCUACCAAAUGAAAUGCCAAAGGAAAUUUUAAAGGCCGUUGGCUGUGCUGUAUUUUUAUAUAAUUGUACUGUGUUUUAAAAUUUUGUAUGCCAAUUUUUAAAACAAAUUUUGCAUAUUCUAUAUUUUACUUCUCUGCCAAAAUACACCUGUUCUUCCUUUUUUUUUUUUAUAAAACAGGUUCUGAAAAAAUUCAUACUUAAAAAAACCUACCCAAAAUGUGAAGCUUGGUUGACUGAUGUUGUUCAUGAUAGAAAAAAUAAAAACGUUUCUCUUUCUCUUUACUUUU